CCAAAAAAUACUUACGACUUUCUUGCUAUCUCAAUGAACUCCUUAAACUCAUCGCCGCCGCCGCAGCCGCCAGAAUCUCCAUACCAUCUGUUGUUGCGCGCCGCGCUGCUGAUUCCGGCUUGGCAUUAUGCAUUAGGCCUCUGCUUUAUAUGCGCAGCGCUCUUGUAUAAUAUUCUGGAAUGUCAUUUCUUCGGCGAAAUGAUCACCGGAUUUAGAGGACAGCCUGUCACUCUUACAUUCGACCCUUCGUCUCAACUCUACCACCGCGUCGUCUCCAAGUGCAAACUUCUCCACGGAAGGUAUUGUUCGACUCCAUGGUUGAGUAGUCCUCAUCUUCAGACAGCAUUUGUACAUUAUUUUGGUAAUCCACCUUUUGUCGACUACACAAGACAGCUGUUUGUAGCCUCCGAUGGAGGAACAAUAGCUUUGGAUUGGGUCGGCAAUUCUCCCUGCGUCGUAGAUUUGAAAUCCGCCAUCGCCGACGAUAAAAGCCCUAUCAUCAUCGUCAUUCCCGGACUAGGCAAUGCAGCCGAUUCCGCGUAUGUCAAGCACUUGUCUUUCCGGAUGGCGAAGAGCAGCUGUCGAGUUGUCGUGAGCAAUCACCGCGGACUAGGCGGCGCGCCAGUAACCUCGGAUCGCUUCUACACCGCUGCAUGGACAGACGACAUACGAGCAGUUAUCGACCACAUUCACGGGAAGUACCCCGAAGCUCCAUUGUUUGCUGUCGGCGCGAGCGUGGGCGCUAAUAUCCUGGUGAAGUAUCUCGGGGAAGAUGGGAGCAAUGUUCCACUUGUUGGUGCUGCAGCAAUUUGCAAUCCUUGGGACUCUUUGCUAUGCGAUAGGUUUCUGAGGCGUAGACUUGUCCAACGGUUGUAUAGCAUAAGCUUGACGGCGAGCUUGAAAGAUUACGCAAAUCUGCACGCCGACACCCUUUCUAGAGUUUCAAACUGGGAAGGUAUCAAAAAGGCACGAUGUGCUCGGGAGUUCGAUGAUGCUGCAACACGUAUUCUUGCAAAGUGUAAGACGGUCGAUGCAUAUUAUCGACAGUGCAGCAGUGCUAACUAUGUAGAAAGAGUUGAAGUACCGCUUCUCUGCAUUAGCUCCAUGGAUGAUCCUGUCUGCACAAGUGAAGCAAUUCCAUGGGAUGAGUGCAGGUUAAACAGAAAUGUAAUAUUGGCCACCACUCAACAUGGAGGGCACCUACCGUUCUUCGAAGGGUCCACUGCAACAAGCAUCUGGUGGGUAAAGGUUGUUGAUGAAUUCUUAAGUACUUUGAUUUCGAAUCCCAUCAAAGAACAAAAAUAAGAUGGACUACAUAUAGUUAUUCUUGUACUUUCUAACUAUUUCGUAAAUUUCUUCCAACCAUCUUGAUUCAAAA